CUUAGAGGCAGCCAUAUUGGAUUUUCCCAAACGGGGAGAUCACAGUAGUCAUGAAAAUGAGGGCUGUUUUGCUGACUGCGGCAAGCUUUAUGCUCACAGGAAUAGUAAUUGGAAAUGCAUAUUUACAGAAGAAACAGUUUUACCCCUCUGUUGUGUACAUAACAAAGUCUAGUCCAAGUAUGGCGGUGCUGUAUAUACAGGCAUUUGUAUUUGUCAUCCUUAUGGGAAAACUGAUGAGGAAGAUUUUCUUUGGACAGCUCAGGCCAGCAGAAAUGGAGCAUUUAAUUGAGCGCUCCUGGUAUGCAGUGACAGAGACAUGUCUAGCUUUCACAGUAUUCAGAGAUGAUUUCAGUCCACGGUUUGUGGCAUUAUUCACGCUAUUACUUUUCCUCAAGUGUUUCCACUGGCUGGGAGAAGACAGAGUAGAUUAUAUGGAACGAAGUCCAAUUAUAUCUUGGUUAUUUCAUAUCAGAUGCUUAGCUUUGCUGUUGGUGUUGAGUUCCAUAGACCUGUAUUUUGUCAACCAUGCCUACUACAGUACUUUGAUCAAGGGAGCAUCAGUGCAGCUUGUCUUUGGUUUUGAGUAUGCCAUCCUGUUCACCUUGGUAUUAACAGUCUUCAUAAAGUAUAUUUUACAUACAGUAGAUGUUCAAAGUGAAAAUCCAUGGGAAAAUAAAGCAGUUUAUCUUCUUUACUCAGAUCUAGGGAUGGGUUUUGUGAGAGUCGUAUUGUAUAUCACUUUCAUGAUUAUAAUGAUCAAGGUUCAUACAUUCCCGUUGUUUGCCAUCCGACCAAUGUACCUUACCAUUAGAGCCUUCAAGAAAGCUUUGAAUGAUGUUAUAAUGUCCAGGAGAGCCAUAAGGAAUAUGAAUACUUUGUAUCCAGAUGCUACAGAAGAAGACAUCCAGUCAGGAGAUAAUGUUUGUAUAAUAUGCCGAGAAGAAAUGGCAGUCAACUGUAAAAAACUCCCCUGCAACCACAUAUUUCACACAAGCUGUCUGCGCUCCUGGUUUCAGCGCCAGCAGACAUGCCCCACAUGCCGCAUGGAUGUCUUACGAUUGCCUGCAUCAAGGCAACGAAGCACCCCUCCACAGCAGCCUCAGCAACCACAGCAGCAACCCAACUUGCAGCAGCCUCACUUGGCUGGCCUAUUUGGUGGAGCUUUUCCUGGUGCAUUCCCAGGCUGGCCUCCAGCUCCAGGACAGGUGCCCCCUCAACCUCCACCUGCAGGAGCCCCCAGUAGUUCAGCUCCACCAAGCACAGCGACACCCUCACCUCCAGGCACGACUGCCCCCAACAUGGCGGGAGCUGGGUUCCCUGCAGGCCAGGUGCCACUACAGCCAGGGGCACCUGCCCCACCUCUCCCUGGGUUUAUGCCUCCAUUCAUGCCACCACCACCACCUAUGUUUGUACCUGGGAUGAUGCCGUUUGGUAUGCCAGUUCCUAGUCCCCCUCCCAACUUUUCAGGUUUAAAUGAAGAAGAACUUAGAGCUAUGGAGGGGACAGAAAGGCGGCAUUUAGAGGCCAGGAUACAGCAUUUGAGAAGUAUCCAUACACUGCUAGAUGCAGCAGUUGUAAUGCUUCAGCAAUAUACUACUAUGGUUAACAAUUUAGGAGCCACUGCUCCACCUUCAACAGCAGCUUCUUCAGCCUCCACAACAGUAACACAAAGUCCAUCUGUUUCCUCAUCAUCAAACCUGGUCACUUCCACAUCACCAUCCACAGACUUCUCUUUACCUAGGCCACUCAAGGACUCUGAGAGGCAAUCAAAAAUACAAGAAAAAGACUCUAGUAAGGAUGAAGAUGAUAGCGCCCUUGGUGCUACUGGAUUUAGUCCAGUAAAAAAAGAAGAACUCAUUCCUAAAUGGGAAGAUCCAUCUUUGGAGGAAGAGAGUGACGAGAUGCACGAGAUAAGGAGACGCAGACUACAGAAAUUCUCAUCACAAACGGACACAGACAAAUCAAAAACUAAAAUAGAUGACUAUGAUAACUUAGAUUGAAACUUUUUUGCACAUCUCGGCACUUCUUGUUUGGCCAUCUAUUUCGGUCUCAUGGAAAUUGCUAUUUUAAAUGGCGAGGAGUUAAGUUGUGCAGCGCAUUGGUUAAUGCCAGUUUCUUUUCUCUGCAUGCAUGCUGGCAAUGCAUUCCUUGACUUUCUGGUAAAAAAAGUUCCUAUGGGCACUGCAUACAGCAUUUCUGCAUCUUUCACUGAUUUAAUGGAGAUUGGCUCCAGAUUUGUUUUUGGCAUGUUGUAAGUAGAAGGCGACAAGCCUUGUUAUCAGUAUUUAUAUGUAUUUCACAAAUGGCAGUAAUAGAUGUAGUUACAAAAGUAGUAUCUGUAUGUCAUUGUAUGUGCUGCAGUCAUUUCAACAGAAGGGCCUAGUGCUUCUAAAAUUUGUAAUGACGGUUCAAAACUGAAAAGCCAUAAGGGGGUUACUCCCAUCAUUAUUUUUCUCUGUCCUCAUCCCAUAUUUUCAGUUUACAUUCAGUUUGUGUUUAAUGUGAACCAUAGUAAAAAAAAACUAUUUUAAAGCCCAAUAAGAUUAAUGCUUUAAGCUGGAUGUAAAACGAUUAGCAUUGCCUCUUAAACUAAGACACUAAAUGUGCACUUUUAAAAUUUUGAGCAAAUUGAGAAAUGGUGCUAUUUUAACAAUUUGUUUUUGAAACCCAUAAUGGAAAGAGAAUAGGUAUUCAGUAUUUUUUUAAUGAUGUAUAUAAUGCCAAGUCCCAGCAAACAUAUUCCAUUUAGCUAGACAAUGUUAUGGAGUAUUCAGCAACUCUAUCAGCUUAAUAUAUCAGGAUUUCAUGGACAGAAUUGAUAUUUGCUGGUUAA